AGCUAUUGCAACUCCCCGUUGAAUCUUGAGCUAUUGUGUCUAUAGUAUUCACAGAGAGCGGAUAUCGCUAUUACCACUUACGUCAUAAAACUACGCCGCUCAGAACGUGAAGACUUACUUUUCUGACUUGCCGUGAUCCGAUAUUUUCGGUUAUUCGAUCGACUAGGUCAGGAAAGCGUAGAGGGCUGGAGACUCGAUGCUGCGAGAUGUCCAGAGAGUCGGACAAAGCAGAGGAACUCUCCUCAUCUACUCUAGGAUCAGAGCAGCGGAGGUUGUCGAGUGGCGGAAACACGACGACGACAGAGAAGGAAUCGAUAGAUGAGCCCAUAUCGCCCGCAGCCGAGUCCCCGCCCCCAGUCGACGCAAGGGAUGAGAAAGAGGUGCAAGAUGGCGGCGCUCUAGAUGCUGUGCGGUCCGUAACCUCAUCCAUGCGGUCCCGGCACGCGAACCCCGUUCCGAAAGAAAGCCGUAGAGGUCUAUUGCCGUGGCUCUCGCUCACCCCGGAGGUCGACAACCCUACUCACUACAACAACAGCCUGAAAUGGGUGUUGACGCUGUUCGUCGCCAUCGCUGCCUCAGCUGCGCCGAUGGGUUCAUCAAUACUUUACCCUUCCCUCGAGGAGAUCGCGGGAGAGUUCCACGUCUCAGCAACAGUGGUGAACUUGUCAGUAGCCGUAUAUCUGAUAUCCAUGUCCGUGUUCCCGCUAUGGUGGUCUUCGUUCUCCGAGACGCUGGGCCGUCGGAGCAUCUACCUAGUUUCGUUCGCGCUGAACGUUAUCUUCACGGCGGCGAGUGGCGUGAGCCAGAACAUCGCGCAACUGAUCGUCUUCCGCACUUUCGCAGGUGGUGCAGCGGCAUCCGUGCAAGCUGUGGGCGCAGGCACCAUCGCCGACCUCUGGGAGUCGCGCGAGCGCGGUAGGGCCAUGGGGCUGUUCUAUCUCGGCCCUCUUUGCGGUCCUCUCCUUGCGCCCAUUAUAGGCGGCGCCCUCACUUCUAGUUACGGCUGGCGAAGCACGAUGUACUUCCUCGCCGUGUAUGGCGCUGUAAUCUUCGCAUUGAUCUUAUUCGGCAUUCCAGAGACGCUGCCGCGCCAUUUACAAGAGCAAAAAGCUGCGGCGGCCGCAGCGGCGACCUCGGAAGAUGCGAACACGACCCUCUCUCGCGUCUCGACUCGGCGAUCCGCCGUUCACGCUCGCACGAAGACAGUAGGAUUGUGGAUGAAGCGGGUGUUCGUCGAUCCGCUAUCUAUCCUGAAGCUCAUGCGUUUCCCAGCCGUCGCGCUUACCGUUGGGUAUGCCGCUAUCACGUUUGGUUCAUUGUUCGUGCUCAACAUCUGCGUCGAAUCCGGCUUCUCGGCACCGCCGUAUAACUUCUCGGCCCUGAUCACCGGCCUUCUGUAUAUUCCGAGUUCGGUUGGGUACGUCAUUGCAUCACUUCUAGGCGGGCCGUGGCUAGAUCGCAUCAUGGAGCGGUCGGCGCGUAAGGCCGGCCGGUACGAUGCACGCGGGCGUCUCAUCUAUUACCCCGAAGACCGUGUGCGCGAAAAUGCAUGGAUUUCCUCAACGCUGUACCCCGGCGCGCUCAUCUGGUUCGGCUGGACUCUUCAGACUCAGCAACACUGGAUUGUGCCAAGCGUCGCGAAUUUCUUCUUUGGCGUCGGCAGCAUGCUUGUCUUUAGCAUGGCCACCACCAUGCUUACAGAAUUCAUGCCGAAACGGGCAAGUUCUGGCGUGGCCCUCAAUAACUUCGUGCGAAACAUUCUCAGCGCGACAGGCACGGUCGUCACGCGGCCCCUGGUCGAGGCUAUUGGCUUUGGGUGGUUGACUACUGCCGUGGCACUCAUCGCCUGGAUCGGAGGCAGUAUAGCUUUGUUUCUUAUUAGACGUAACAGUCAGAAAUGGCGAAGGGAAAUGAACGAGAAGAUGAGCUGA